AAGUGUUUUAUCAAGCCUCACCACAACUUUCAAACUCUGGGAUACGGGAAAACUACCCUGGACACCGCACUGCAGUCAGGGCCUGUUGUUCUUCUGGACAGAGAGAGAGAGAGACAGAUAGAGAGAGAGAAAGAGAGAGAGGGAAAAAGAACAAAGUUGUGGAACAUUUGGGAUUGUACAGUCAUUUUUUGUCUUUUUUUCUUUCUGCUGAGUCUUCCCACUCUCUUCAGAGUUCAAUGCUUUGUUUGGGGUUUCUGACUCCUUCAGUCCACUUUUACAGCACUCUGCUCUCUUCUCAGUGUCUGUGUUCAGCAUUAGAAAACACAACCCACGCAGAAAAACAUUUACUGAACAAUUGGAGUAAAGAAUAAUCUGUGGUUGUCUUGCUGGAAUGAAUAUAUCUGAGUCUAGUUACUGUCAAGAGGCUGGUUCUCUGUCAGGCAGGGGAGAGCGACCAUGGACUGCGGCCCCCAGCCCUGGGUCUGAUCCUGGGCUUGGCUUUGACCAUAGCCCCCUCUCCUCUGGAAAUCUGGGAGUAGGAGCUGGGGGACGGACCGAGGCAAGGACAGGGACAGGACCUGGCUGUGGGACAGGAGCAAGGAGCCCGGACUCUACCCCAGCAAGGGCUCCUAUCCUGGGCAGCGUGGAUGGGAAGGCAGGGGGGGAGUCGCGAAUCCGCAGGCCCAUGAACGCCUUCAUGGUUUGGGCCAAAGAUGAGAGGAAACGCCUGGCUCUGCAGAACCCAGACCUCCACAAUGCUGUGCUCAGCAAGAUGCUGGGUCAGUCUUGGAAGGCUCUGAGCCCACAGGAUAAGCGUCCUUUUGUGGAGGAGGCAGAGCGUCUUCGCCUGCAGCACCUCCAGGACCACCCCAACUACAAGUACCGUCCCCGCAGGAAGAAGCAGGCCAAGAAGCUGAAGCGGGUGGAGCCAAGCCUGCUGCUCCACAGCCUGACCCAGGGAGGAUCAGGCAGCAUGGGGGGGCCUGGAGACGGGUCUGGCUACGGACCUCCAGGACACUCCCACCACCACCAUCCUCUCCCCCACCAUCUGCUUCCCUCACUGGGACACUUCAGGGACCUGCAGCACCCCGGAGCAGAGCUGGAGAGCUACGGGCUGCCCACCCCAGAGAUGUCCCCCCUGGACAUGUUGGAGGAUGGAGGGGGAGAGGGUGUGUUUUUCCCUCCACACAUGCAGGAUGAGGUGGGGGGGAUGGGGGCCUGGAGUGGAUACAACCACCAGCACCGCCACCACCAUCACUACAGCAGCCAUCCACACGGUCCUCUGAACCACUCUCACAGUCAGGGCCUUGGCUCUAGUCAUGCCCACCAUGUCAGUCAAAGGGGAUCAAUGCUGUGUCGUCCAGUUCAGGAGAAAUGCCUGCCCCCUGAGCAUGCAAAUGCUACCUACCCCCAAGUGUCUGUCAGCCUGACUGAGCCAAUCAAAUCACACCAACAGUCCAGCAGCCCCGUCCCUGGUUACUACAACCAAUGGACUAACCACAUGUCAGCGCAGGCUGCCUUCACAUCCCAUCUGGGACAGCUGUCUCCUCCUCCCGAGACCUCCUCCUCCUCUUCCUCCAUCGCUCUCACUCCCACCACCACCCUCUCCCUGCCCCCCCAAAACCACCCUGACUCCACCCCUGUAGAGCCUCCCUGUCAACUAAACCCAUCGUCUGAGUUCUGGUCUGAGGUGGACCGCCACGAGUUUGACCAGUACCUGAACGCCAGCCGGACUCGGAUGGAGGGUUGCUACGGCAAUGGUGCUGGGAGCAUUGGGGGUGGGGCCAAGGUUCUGAGUCGUGGCGUGGGGUGUGAGGAAGGGAACAGCCCACUGAUUUCUGCCCUAUCGGACACCAGCAGUGCUGUUUACUUCAGUGCCUGCAUAACUGGGUAGAUGAAGCUGUCACACUGGGGCAUCUCUCAGACAACGCACCUAGAAUUCCUGUGCCGACUGGGCCACAGCCUGGGCCACAUUACUGCUUUACACUCAUUAUCCAAGGGAGCUGAUCGCAGCGCAACAACAGCUAAAGCUUUUAAGUAACAACAAAGCCACGCUCUGAUUUUCCAAACGAUUAACUCAGAGCUAACUGGAGAGGCAUAGUGCUGUUCCACUAACUCAGGACUGUGGCUUUAAAAUGAUAGCUCUCACUUCGUUUUAUUCUGUAGAAGAGGAAUGGUGACCAUUUUCUUUUUACAAAGAUGAAGAUUUGUUUUAUAAUACAGCUGAUCAGUUAUCUGUAAAUUCUUUAUUUGUAUGUGUUUAGAAUUAUUUCCAUGAACACCUGUUCUAUUUGCACUGGGUCCAAAAUAGGCCUUUAGAAGACCACUGCAUAAAUUGUAUAUUUUAAAUACCAUCACGGACAUUUUAGUUUUAAAAAUUGCUAAAUGUGACAGAGGGUGAUAUAAGGACACAUCAUUUUCCCCACAUUGCUUUAUCGAACGUGUUGAUCCAAAACUAUGGAUCAUUGACAUUAUCACUAAGACAUGUGGGUUACUAGGAUUGUUCUUUUUCAAUAAAUCAGAUGUUAUGUUAUGAAUCAGUGAGAAAAAGUGAGAAAGAUUUAACCAUUUUCCUUAUUUUCAUCAAACACUUUGCAGUUUUAAUUUGUAGAGUCAUUCUGGGAUAGUUCUACUGACUGGGCGUUGGUAAUCAUUAUCCAAAAGAGGAGAAAUGUUUGUGACUUGAAGGAAAACUGGAACUAAAGAAAAUCUGUUUCUCUGUUGGCACUUAAAUCACUAGUCAAAUUGAAAACACAAUCCCUCAGUAUUUUAUCCUCAAGACCGCAAACAUGUCACACACAAACCUACAGUAUGGUGUACUUGUUGUCUGUUGAAAGAUUUGUCCUUUGUUUUUCAAAAAAGUGGGCAUUUGUAAAUAAAUAUAUGCUUUUAAAGAUAAUUUACAAAAUAAAGAAUGUUUGUCAGGA